AUGACAGUUUAUGCUAUUAUAUGGACUGAUAUGAACUUUGAAAAAUGCGACGGAACACCGACUUGCAUCAAAGGUUCACCGUAUAUUGACAACACACAGUACGUGUGUUUCUGGUUAAUCGAAACACUUAAUAACUUCAGCACCAGUUUGCAACUUUGUCAGCGUGAUCACGGAAGCUUAGGAAUUAUUCCAGAUCAGAAUACUCUGAAUUGGCUAAAUGUCUACAGGACGGAUGCUGGGAAACAACUGAACGAGUUUUACGUCGGUUAUAUAAAAGACGCUUCGAACGGUCUUGUGACUUUAGAUGGCCGACAGCAAAACUGGGCACCCUGGAAGAGUGGGCAACCAAGUGGUGCGACAGGUGCUUCCUGUGUAACUUCGUUUAAUCUGGAUGGUACUUUCUGGGAAGAAUUUUGUACUGAUACAUACUAUGCUAUAUGUCAAUGGCCAGCAUAUUUUGCGAAAUUUUGGAACCCAACAACAACUAAUGAAGCAACAACAGAAAAAUAUUCUACAACUGCGACAAUAGAAACUUCCACACUUGAAGAAACAACAGAAAACACCAUGCCUGUAACAACAGCACAUAACUUCGAGAGAACAACGGAUCGAUCGUGCCGGUGUAACUGUAAAACAGUAAAUUUGAAAGUUAACUAUACUAUAAGUGUCGAACUAAAGGCUGAAAUAGCAGCGAACAUUUCAAAGGAACUUUCUGUAAAUGUAGAUACUUUGUCGUCAACUAUUCGAUCAAAGACAUCAGCUAAAGACGACAGACCAUCUUCAGCUAGUAUAGGAUAUAUAGGAGUGAUACUAUUGGUCAUUGUAUUUGGUGGACUUAUGAUUUUAGAUCUUCCUGUUUUUUUGAUAGAUUUGAAAUUACGAUUGCAUAAUUUGAAAUGUUGCCAAAAAUCAAAUCAAACUCAAUGUUAACAUAAUCUGAGCAAGAAAUUUUAUAACAGCCUCAACACUUAAUGUUAAAUAAGGUUUUCCUAAUUUAAAUUUAAUAUUUUUUCCUGUUUAACUUACUCAAGCUUAAAUGUUUAUGGAGCAGAAUUCAGUCUUGAAAUUAUUUUUAAUCGAUAUUUUCUAAUGAGAGGGUUGUUACAUCAAUUACCAUUCAGCUAGAUGUCAAUAGCAAUUACGUUAAACAUACAUUUAGCUACACAUUGCUGCUUAAGUACUACGAGAAACAUGUUUCUUCUUUAAGAUUUAUACAUUUGAGUGAAUUUCCAGGUUAAAAGUAAAACCACAGAGUUACUGCACUCCGAUGAUUUACUUUUAAAACAAACAGUAUGUCGUUGUUACAGGAGAUUAUGAAUUCCAACUAUAAAGGAUAUACUCUUCGUUUUUAAGAAAUAAAUGUCAAUAACAUUUAUGAUUGCUCAUUUAAAAACAAAAUGGUGGACGUCGCAUGGCGAGGGUUCUACAGAUUAUACUGUUUCCAGUGAGUUUUUCAUUGUUUGAUAAAUACUGUGAAAGAGGGACGAAAGAUACCAAUGGGACAGUCAAACUCAUAAAUCUAAAAUAUACUGACAACGCCAUGGCUAAAAAUGAAAAAGACAAACAGACAAACAGACAAACAAUAGUACACAUGACACAACAUAGAAAACUAUAGAAUAAACAACACGAACCCCACCAAAAACUAGGGGUGAUCUCAGGUGCUCAAAAAGGAUAAGCAGAUCCUGCUCCUCAUGUGGCACCCGUCGUGUUGCUUGUGUGAUAACAAAUCCGGUAAAUAGUAUAAUUUGGUAGGUCACAUUCAUGACA